ACAUCCGGUUGCCAGUGUAAUUUAAUGGCAUAUUUGCUGGUGUGUUGAGCUCUGAGCUCUGAGGUUCAGUGUCUCUUCUGGUUCUCAUUAUAAUGCUAAAACCCUCCGUCCCGCUGCUCAGCUGUGCUUGUGUGGAUGUUAUGAGCUCCUCUGGACCGUCUGCUCCUCAGUGCUGAUGACUGUGAUGUAGCCAUGUGUGUUUCCUGGCGGAUUUUGACUCUAAUCUCUACCUGGUGACAGGAUCUUGGACGUCUAAUUUCUGUCACCACCUGACUAUUCUAGUCCCCGCACGGUCAGCCAUGCUGGAUGCAGCUGAAUAACGAGUAGCAUUGGGGUGGGGGGGUGGGAGAACUCAAGUUUUUCUAAACUCCCAUCAAAAGACUACCAUGUUUGUGUUAGAAUGAGAAACUGAGCGGGGGGGGAAACGUGGAAAGCAAGUGAGACUGAAGGGGCCAAAGUGCUUGUGUUGUUGACAGAAAAGAAGAGCCAUCCUAUCAGUAGGUUGGCAGCACUCGAGGCAGCCAGAGCCCUGAGGAUGACGAGCCUGUUCAAGCGCAGCAGCAGCAAUGGAGGCUCCGGAAGCAGUGGAAGUGGCAGCGGGGGCGGCGGCAGUGGGCAGGGGCAGCUCAACAACAGCAGGCCCAACCGGCAGGUCCGACGCCUGGAGUUCAACCAGGCUAUGGAGGACUUCAAGACCAUGUUCCCCUCUAUGGACUACGAGGUAAUCGAGUGCGUGCUGCGCUCCAACAAUGGAGCGGUGGACGCCACUAUCGACCAGCUGCUCCAGAUGAGCAUUGACGGACAGGGCUCAGAUGACAGCUCAGACUCUGAUGACAGCAUCCCACCAGAGAUUCUGGAGCGAACACUGGAACCUGACAGUUCAGAUGAGGAACCGCCUCCAGUCUACUCUCCGCCAGCAUAUGACAUGCACAUUUAUGAUAGGAAAUACCCAGAAGCCCCACCAACACCGCCGCCAAGAUUUGAAGCCCAGCCACCUCCAGGUCACCAGCAGGUCAGAAGCUACCGGAACUGGAACCCUCCAUUGCUUGGAAAUCUCCCCGAUGAUUUUCUGCGCAUCCUGCCACAGCAGUUGGACAGUAUAAAGCAGAGCUCUCAGAGCAGUCUAUCCCAGCCUUCACCGUCAUCCUCUUCCUCAGUUUCUUCAAUAACCCAAUGGACAGCCCCGUCUGGUUCUCAGUCCGGAGCUGCAGGGACCGCAGGAUGUCCAGGUUUGACAACAGGAGCUACAGAGCAAGACAAGAAACUGAAGCAGUAUCUGGAAGACGAGCGCAUCGCCCUGUUCCUGCAGAACGAGGAGUUUAUGAAAGAGCUGCAGCGCAACCGCGAGUUCCUCAUCGCCUUAGAGAGAGAUCGCUUGAAGUAUGAAUCAAAGAAAUCAAAGUCCAAUCAUUCAUCUAGUAUGGAGAAUUCCACAGGAGAACAGUACUCCUCCGCUUCAAUGGAGUCAGUCUCAGAUGAAGCUCUGUUCAGAGACAAACUCAAACACAUGGGCAAAUCAACAAGAAAGAAGCUGUUUGAAAUUGCCAGAACGUUCUCGGAAAAGACAAAGCGGAGAAAGUCAAAAAGGAAGAUGCUCCUGAAGCACCAUUCAUUGGGCACAGCCAACUCUACAGCCAAUCUCCUCGACGACGUAGAGGGAAACUCUUGUGAGGAAGAUCGUCAGCCCAGAAGAGCAAACACUCAGGAAGAGAAUGAGCAACGCAAUGAGCCAACAUCAUGAUCCUCUAUGCUGCACCAUAUCAGGGUUACCAUGGCAGCGGCAGCAGCAGCAUGACCCAUGGGGUGGUGGCCUUGCAGCUCUUCCUGUCUCCACCUGCUCACCCCACCCUCUUCCUAACCAGCCAAUGUAAGGCUCAGCAAUGAGUUGAGACCCCCCCCUCCCCUGCUCCCUCCUCCCCAGGGAGAGGAACCGGACUGUUCCCAGCACUGGCCUAACUGUCUAUAAAUGCAUUAUCUCUGUAUUAUAACACUUUGUUAAUAUAUCAUUUUAAAUGUAAAGGAAAAUGCAUUAGUCCUUACCAGUAUCUGUUAACUGUUUCCUUUAAUCCACUGAGAGGAACACUAGCGUAGAUGAUCUUUCCAUAUGAACCUUUAUUACUUUUCCAGACUGUGUGUUUCUGACCGGUGUCCCUCAGGCUUGGCAUUUCAGAUCCUUUAUAUACACUAAAAACAUGUAGAGCUUUUUUUACCAUGUUUUCUUAAUCAGAUUGUAAUAUUCUGCUGUUUAUGAACGUCAGGGGUUAUAUAACUGUAAUUCUUAUGUGUCAGAAUAUCGUGGCCAUUAUAAACUCGUGGCUGCCCAAAUGUCAACACUUGGCCAUUGUAAGCUAUCGAUCACAUUUAAAGCUAGAGUUGGUAAUCUUCAAAAAAACAUUUGUUAUAUUUGUUGAAAUUCUCUUUAAAAAAAAAAAAAAAAAACGGUAUGUGUGGCUGUCACAGGUCCGUAAUAAGCCCGUCUAAUAAUUUCUUUGAUUGGGUGGACUGCCUGUCUACACUACCGGCUUUUGUGCACUCAUUGUGCGUCACCAAAGUCUUCCACAAACUGCUAGCUGGACAGCUGUGAGUACCAACAAUAGCCAUGUUCUCGUUCAUAAUGAUCACUUUGGGGGAGUGGCUUUGCAGGGAGGCCUGAAAGGAUGGACUCAGUGUUGCUGACCUGGCGACUUUCUCUCUACAUUUAGGGACUUUUGGAGCUAAUGCUGCUAGCUGUGGAAAAGAGUUGGCAACACUGGGCUGGGUUUUUCGGGUAGAUAAUUUUUAAACUCUAGCGUGCUAUCGCCGGAUUCUUAAGAUUACCAACCCUAGCUUUAAAGGACAGGUGUUCUUAGAAAGCAUGUUUGGAGCAGUUCAAUUGAGGGCUGCAGUGUUUGGCAAGGUGAAAACGGUGUCAUUCAAUCUAUUGUAGCACCACUAACAGCACAGUUGUCAGCACAUUAAACCUUGAUGACAAAGGUAUUAUGUGAAUGACAACGUGAACUUGCUUUAUGGACUUAUGGGCGGGUACAUUUUUUUUCUUUUUAGGUUUUCAUAUCAUUCUGUAGCUUCUCAGUGGUGGAUCGAAAUUCAAACAUUCAAAUUUUGGUUGGCGUCAAAAUUUGUCUAAAUUUCUUUUUUACCAAGCCCUUCUAAAUACUUUUCCCCCCACAUGACCUGACGUACUGUACGUUCGGCGCCUGCGUGAGAGGAAAUAACUCUCCACACCGGCAUUGGUCAUUCAAAAAGGAAAACAGGAAGACCGAGGACGGCGGAUAUACAAGCUGUUGUUACGAUACGUUACAUGAAACAAAGCAGCGUUCGCCGACCAUUUCCACACCACUCUCACUCACACCUGGAGACGCCAGAUGUGUCACAGAUGUUUUUCUCCAACCCUCACCAGGAACUCCCAAUUCCAGAUGUCAACAUCUACCUCCUCCUAUCCACCCUUGCAUUUUUAAAGUCAUGUCCUGUUGGUUGGGAUCAUGUUUUCUAGAGAUGGCUCAGAACCAGCAUUUUUUGGGCAUCACUGUAACUCUUCUUCUUGGGGAAUGGCAUUGUUCUCACCUCGCCUAUUGAACCAAACUAGGAGUCUGAAUCCACUGCUCUAGACAUGUUAGGAGUGAGCGUAGCCCAUAGAGCUCCAUUGACCUCUUCACUAACACAUUGCUAAUAUUCUGCCAGGUUUCCAGAAUUCUUGCAAUUAAACCGAAGAGACGUUUUGCAAAGAUGUUACGGAAAUAAGAAAUAUCAGCCAGACUACGUUGCCAUAUCUCAGAUUGUCCCUGUAGCAAAUCAUGUCUUUGUUGAUCUCAUCUCCUUGAGCGAAGGAGGAACACAUUUCUAAAUCCCAAUGUUUAUACUGUAUCACGAUGGCAUUAUGUUUGAACAUGAGGGAAUUCAUUGUUGUGAUUUCCACAUGAAUGAUGGAUAUGUCCGUUUGGGAGGAUAAAGCUUCUAAAUCGUAAUUUUGAUGAUCAUCAAACCUGCCAAGACUCGUUCUGACAGGAUGUGGAUGAAAGUGAAGACUGAAGUUGGACAAAAUGAAAACACAACCCCCUUUCUACUGCUCUUUCCAUUUGUAUGUGUAGAUGUGAAACUAGCAUGGAUUAAACAAGUAGUAAAAGUCUGAUGUAGCCUGUGUGAACAGAAGGUGUUAGGGAGAAAGAAAGUUGAUUUCACGUAUCUAAUUUGUUUCUCUCCUUUGUGUAUAAAAUGUUUUAUAUCACUUCAGAAAAUCUCCAAAAAAAAUUACAUAUUUUUUUUUUCUCUCAAUUUUGUGUGAGUUAUCUAUCCCCUUUGAUUAAACUACUUAAAUGUG